AUGACUGACGACGGCGGGGACUCGGAGACACAGCGUGCGGCUGGAAGCCAGAGAAGGAGUGGCCUCUAUUCGGAUGCCGCAUCCCGUCCGGGAACUGCAAGGACUGGCAUCUCUCAGAAAGGGCCUUGGGGCCAGGCAACGCCUCUCCGCCGCGGCUUGUCCGGGAAGCGGGGGAGCAUCGCAGGCAGUGUUGCCAGUUCGUCGAUGGGAGUUCGACCAGCGAGUUCAACGAGCAGAAGCCAUGUUCCCACUCUCACAUCGCAUGCUUUUUUCCGACCCAUGAGUUCGCAGAAGCUGCAAGCUCAGCGGGCAAUCACGAGGCCAACGACCAUGAACCGUCAGAUGACGUCUCAUGGCGACGGUGUCGACACGAAUCGGGACAGUCUAAUUUCGAAUCCUGCCCCUCAGCUAGCGAGCCAGUCUGGUGAUGAGGGCGACAUGCGGCCGCCGCCCUCCAGAGGCACAGAGUUCACCGAGCAGGAGCCUUUUGAUCGCAUCACAGCCAACACCAGCCCGACGCACGGCCAUCAGGCAACUUCGAGCAUGGCAGAUAGCGUGCGGCCGCUUCAGAGAAAGCCAGAAGCAGCAAGAACGCUAACGCUUGACGUGAAGAAAACAUAUCAGCCUGGAGCGAAGACCGCGACUCCUGUCCGCACACCCCGUUCCCUGCGAUCCAGUUUCCUGAUGCCGAGAGCUGAGUCCGGCAGCGGCAACCGCGAAAUGCAGGGCGGCGAGAAGUUAGAAUCCGUCGCCUCGUCCCCUCGAGUCUCGCCUGCAGACGGGAACGGGAAAGCACCACCAACCAAGGACAAGAUCAAGGCGGAGCUAGGUCGCAAUUACGAGUACUUCCAGGGUAACACCGUCUUUUGCAUUGGGGGCCGGCUACAAAACACCAGGCACCGUCCCGUGAACAUAGCAACCGGCUCCUGUAUCGUUAUCCCGGGUGUCCUCUUCUUCAUCUUCUCCGCCCCCUGGAUAUGGAACAACAUAUCACCAGCGAUACCCAUCACCUUCGCUUAUCUGUUUUUUAUCUGCAUGUCUUCGUUUCUCCAUGCGUCCGCCUCUGACCCUGGCAUCCUGCCCCGAAACGUGCACCGGUUCCCGCCGGUAGACGAAAACGAGGACCCGUUGAGGCUUGGCCCUCCAACAACGGAGUGGGCGUUGAUCAAGUCCUCGGAAAAAAACACGGCGGCAAUGGAGGUUCCUACCAAGUAUUGCAAAACAUGCAACAUCUGGCGGCCCCCGCGUGCCCAUCACUGCCGGCUGUGCGACAACUGCGUCGAAACGCAAGACCACCAUUGCGUGUGGUUGAAUAACUGUGUCGGCCGGCGCAACUACCGCUACUUCUUCACCUUCAUCACCACAGCCACAUUCCUCGCACUCUACCUCUCCGGAGCUUCGCUGGCGCAAAUCCUAGUCUACAUGAACCGCCAAGACGUCUCCUUUGGCGAUUCCAUCGGCCGCUUCCGCGUGCCCUUUGCCAUGGUCAUCUACGGCUUCAUCGCCUUCACGUACCCCGGCGCGCUGAUGGGCUACCACGUGUUCCUCAUGGCCAGGGGCGAGACGACGCGCGAGUACCUCAACUCGCAAAAGUUCCUCAAGAAGGACCGGUACCGCGCCUUCACACAGGACAGCUGGUUCAAGAACUGGGUCGUUGUCCUGUGCCGUCCCCGGCCGCCGUCGUACUACUCGUUCAAGAAGAAGUACGGCGAGGGCGACCAGCGGCUAAGAGCUUACCGAAGAGAUCAGCAGCAGCACCGGUCCCGCCCGGACUCUGACGGCGUGGAAAUGCAGGACGUUAAAGUGGCCCCGCCCCAACAGGGGUUUUCGGGGCCAUCGUCUCUGCGGGAUGCGGCACGCCCGGCGGCAGCGGAGACCGGCGUAUGA